GAGAUUCGCUGUUUCUACACCGUCAUCCUGAAACGCAGCGUUUUGCCCUUCUCUAAGCCUCCAGACUCCAGAGGGCACAGUUCCGAUUGCUCUCAACAUCAAGUUUACAUUUGCUCGGGAAAAUUAUGUAUUUUCCGUGAAAACAAACAGACAGAGUCGGGUUCGGAUUAACAAAAUAUGCCAUUGGGAAAAUAUCACUGUGACUACUGCGACAAGCAAUUCCAAGACACGCCUUCUGCUAGAAAGCGCCAUCUCCAAGGUCUUCAGCACCAAAGAGCCAAAGCUCUCUGGUACGACUCCUUCAGAGAUCCAAAUCAGAUUCAGGCCGAGGGCUACGGGAAAGGAGUCUGCAAUCGCUUCGUUAGAACGGGAUUUUGCCAGUAUGGUGAUUCUUGCAAAUAUUUUCAUCCGAAGCAAAGCUUACAAAAUACAAAUACUCAAUCCAUACCAGUGACAGGCUUCCCAGAUAAUAUUCAGUCACUAAGUAAUCCAGGGAACCAAUUAGUUGGAGGCGGUCCAUUGCCAGGUCACAGAGCACUUACUUGUUAAGCUGGCCGCUUACAUAUGCAAUGAGUCUACUCAGAUGUAUUUCAGAAGCCACCUUGUCAUUGUACAUCACCAAGCCUUUGAAGACCGAGUCUUUUAUUUGUUCAACUCUUCCUGCAAGAAUUUGUAAGAGACUGCUUUUUCCGCUCCCUGUAAGUUUUAAAUGGUUGGAUGAUUAGAUUGGACAAAUAUUGUCUAACAAAUAGUUUAUCAUCAUGAAUUGGUACGAACCACCUUGAGAAUAUCAGUUAUGUCAAACAAUUGAUUGUGAAAAUCUUAAAAAUCUAAUGGAUGAUCCCAGUUCUCUUCUA